AUGGAGGUGCCCUUCUUCCCAUCUUUGUACAAAUCAGAUGUGCGAAGACAACAGCUUGUUGGGCUAGCAAUCAAGGUUUCGGAUGCCUUGGCAGAGAUAUGCAUAUCUCUAGACUGCCUGAAUGACCUCCAGCUCAUUGCACAGUAUGAAAACUUCAUCGCUCAUUCAUACGUUCUUGGGAUUCAGUCUUACUCGGCGUGGAGAAGGCUUGGGGAUGUCAUUGCAUCAAUUACUGCGCUUGGUUAUCACCAAAAGCCGCCAGGACCGGCUUCAGCACCCUUGUUUCUCGUCGAGCUCCGGAAAACCGCCUUCGCCCGCAUUUACUCGGCCGAUAAGAACUUUUCAAUCUUCCUUGGUCGCUCUCCAAGGCUGAGCAAAAGAUUUUGUCAUCUCCAAGUUCCUCAAGGGCGACUGAUUCUUGACUCGGAGGAGUCAGAUCAACCAGCGUCUGACAAGACGGAAGAUUGGACACAAGAUGCACAAGCUUGCUACAGAGCAGACACCCGUUGGUCCGCACAAUGCGCCUCCCUCAAAGAGGAUAUUCUAGCUAUGUUGUUUGGCGAUUGUCGAGAAAUAUGCAUGGAAAAAAUAAAGUUGAUACGAGAGCGUGCUCAACGUCAAUGGAUGCUGUUACCCCCCUCCCUUCGGCUGGAAGGGAGCAUGAAACGAUCAGACAGAACUCCAUUUGAACGCGAUUUUCUCAUAAGCGCGCGUCUCAAUUACCUUCAUAUCCUGUUUCUUACGCAACUUGUCUGUCUCAAGUCCCCGCCAGAACCGGACAAGACCAUUGUUGAACUCGCUCAAGAGAUUCUGUCUUUAGUCGUAGAAGCGGUCGUGCUAAGGGAUCAGGCCGUCUCUUCUGGGACAAGUACAGUAUGGAAGGUUGCGCACUAUGGACUUCCCGCUGUCGGUAUAGCGUUACUAGCCAUGCUGAAACAGCCAAGUCUCGUGACACUAUUCAAGAUCCCAAAGAACAGAACUUUACAAGAUCUAGGGGUACUCGUUGCGGAGAUUGAGAUGGGAACUAUCAUUCGGCCUGGAGAGCCGAAUUUUACGGUGCUCUCGGCAGCUGCGGAUACCAUUCAACGAUUUCUCGACCGCAUACAAAUGGAGGACUCGCAAAGUAUAUACAUCAGUUCGCGGAAGGAAACUAAUCCUUCCAAUGAUUCUGAGCCAUGGGACUUCGGAUUGAGCCUGGAUCCUUGGAAUUUUGAACUUGGAUUUUGGGAAAGUCUCGCAGAGCAUCCUUCUUUGUACAACAGCGGGGAUCAGACUUGA